CACCAGAGUGAUCCACGUUCCUUUUUUCUGCUUUUGUUUGACUGCUGGACUCACGGUGUCCUCUUCCAUCAGGAUCCUGGACAAGCGUCAAGACUGCAAUCAACUGGGUCUUAAGAACUGCCAAAUUAAAAACUGCCCAGACGAGCGCAUUGUCAAACCUCGACAACAUGCUCCUAACGGCCCAGAAGUGGGUCCCCAUCAUUUGGGUGUCUGGAUGGACGAACACGGACCUGUUUCUGUUGUAAAUUUGUCAUGGACAAUAAAGUCAGAUGGAAAUGUAAAAGUCCUUCGGGGAUCACAGAUAGAUUUUCUGGAUGAAAGUACAGAUCAAAGUUUGUGUGUGCAGUUUGUUUUCAACCUCAGCAAACAGCAAAAUCCAGACCUUAGUAAGUGGACAUUUUCCUUGGAUGGAGUCGUGGUAGAGCCUCACCAUUCAUAUAGAGUGUCAAUUCUUAAUCUGCCAGAGCCUGAUGAUGAACCCGAGAGGCUUAGAAUGAACAUUACCAUCCCAGGAUGUGAUGACACGAGAAUCCAAGAGGCCCAAAUGUGUCUGGAAAAUGGUAGUCUUUGGGAUCCUCACAUUAAUCAUUCGGUGGAUCUCAAUAAAGGGCUUGGAAAGUUUUCCAUCGAUGUGCUUUUUGAAGCAGCACAACAUUCAGAGAGAUACCAAGUGUCCAUCCACAGUAAAGGUUUCAAUUCAUCAAAGAGUGUCUCAAAGGAAAACAAAACAUCCCUGACUGUGACAUUUGAGUUUGGGUGGGGGCAGCUUCCACAGUGUAAAAUGGAGUUAUUGAUUCAGCCGUUUUUUGUUCGAUGCAAGAAUGACUGUUGGCGUCCCAAGAAAGAUAUAGAUUUAUGCAAGUAUCCUGUGAACUCAUCUUUAUCUGCUGCCAAACAACAACCAGAAGGUUUUCAAGUUCGAGAGAGAAGAAGAGUCCUCGUCAUUUACUCCCUCGACCACCCUUUAUACAAAAACAUUGUCCUCAAGCUUACUGCAUUUCUGUCAACCAAAUGUGGUACUGAAGUGUUCCUGGAUCUGCUGGACUCCACAAGGCUGGGAGUGUUGGGAAGCAUUCAGUGGCUGGACUGGCACAGGGAACAAAUUGAAAGCUCUAAAGAUAAGAUACUAAUCCUGUGCUCAAGAGGAGUUAAAGCCAAAUGGAAAGCCAUGUGUGGAGACAAACGGGUAUUUCUGAGAGAGGACGCCCGAUCACCUAUGGGUGACAUGCUCAGUCCAGCCCUCAGCCUCAUGGUACCCCAUUUUAUCAGAUCUGCGUCAUUUGAAAAAUACAUAGUGGCUUACUUUGAUGAUGUUUGUUCUGAAGAUGAUGUUCCUUCACCGUUCAACAUUACAUUGAGAUACAAGCUGAUGAAACAGUUUGAGGAGCUCUUUUUCAGGAUCCUGGACACUGAGAAGCACGAGCCCGGCAUAGUGAAUCACAUUGAUGGGCUUUCAGAGGAAAAGUACCACCAGUGUGCCUCCGGUAGAGCCCUGAGGGACGCCAUAGAGGCUUUUCAUGCAUACCAGCUGGAGCAUCCCCAGUGGUUUGAAGAGGAACUACUGGAGAGCUCAAAGACCUCUUCUGAAAUCUGUGAUGAUGAAAAAUCAACCAUAAACCUCAUUACAUAUCGUGAACCUGACUCAGCUCAAGUCACCAGUCAUUUAAAUACAUAAGAAACUGAUUUCACUGUCAA